GUUUAAUCUCAAAAUAUCAUCAUACAGAUCUGUUAAUGAGACUAGAUAAAUUUCAACAUAUCAGUUUCCUAUUUGAUGUCAUCUGCUUUCUUAAUAUUGUAUCUUACUGUGCUUAUGCCUUGCAAGAAUGUGUUCAAGUCAAAAAUCACUGUCCGUCUCACAGUGCAGUGACUAGGUUCCGACCGAGUUUGAUAUUUCUCCGCAUAAGCCCUGUAAUUUCGCAAGGCUCUACUUGUGAGAUUACACUGGUUUUUUUUUGUUGUCCUGUAAUUUCGUAAGGAUCAGGGAGGCAGCUUAUUUCUAGUUGUUCAGAUAUGAUGGAUAAAAGUUGGUUGAAUAUUAGGAAUAGAGUCGACCAAAAAUAUAGAGAUGGAGUAGACAACUUUCUUAAUUGGGCAUUCAGUCAACCAACAGUGAACACUAUGAUUCGGUGUCCUUGUAAAGGGUGUAUGAAUACCAUGUUCAAGCUAAGGGUUGGUGUAAGAGGAGAUUUAUUGAAGAAGGGUUUUUGUGAUUCUUAUAAAGUGUGGGACUUGCAUGGAGAAGUGUUAGUUAGAGUUGAAACUUCAAAUACUGCAGUUAGUGAUGAAGCGGAAGAUGAUAGCAUUGAAGAGGAUAAUAUUACUGAAAUGAUUCAUGAUGCUUGUGGAUAUACGAAUGUGGAGGAUAAUAAUAAUAAUUCAGAGGACAAUGAAGAGCCAAAUGUACAUGCAACAAAGUUCUACAAAUUGUUAGAAGAUGCUGAGACAGAACUUUAUCUUGGGUGUAAAAAAGUUUCGAAGUUGUCUUUUGUUGUUAAACUACUUCACUUGAAGUGUCUUAACCAUUGGAGCAACAAAUCUAUGGAUGCAUUAUUGAGUUUCUUCAAAGAAGUUCUUCCCGAGGGGUCAUUUGUGCCUAAUUCUUUCUAUGAAGCAAAGAAAGUUCUUUGUGACCUCGACUUAGGGUACACUAAAAUAGAUGCAGUCGAAAUGAUUGUAUUUUAUUUUGGCGUGAUUAUGCCGAUGUCCAAGCAUGUCCUAAGUGUGGUAAGUCUAGAUGGAAGUCCGAAGAACACGGAGGCAAGAAAGUAGCUCAUAAAAUCUUGCGACAUUUUCCAAUCAAACCAAGGCUUCAAAGAUUGUACAUGGCAAGAGAAACAGCUAAAAAGAUGAGGUGGCACAAGGAGGGAAAUGUUGAUGAUGGUGUCUUGCGACAUCCAUCUGACUCAGUAACAUGGAAAUCCUUUGAUGCACGACAUCCCACCUUUUCAGCUGAGUUAAGAAAUGUUCGAUUAGGUUUGGCGAGUACGGGUUCCAACCUUACGGGAACAUGAGUUCUAAUCAUAGCAUUUGGCCAGUCGUACUAGCUACGUAUAACUUGCCACCAUGGGAUUGCAUGAAAAAUCCAUAUUUCAUGAUGAUGCUUCUUAUUCCAGGCCCCAAGUGUCCAGGCAAUGAUAUUGAUGUAUAUUUACAACCAAUGAUUGAAGAGUUGCAAGAAUUAUGGGUCGGGGUGGAGACUUAUGAUGCACACUCAAAAUCUAAUUUUUUGAUGCGUGUGGCUAUCAUGUGGACGAUCAAUGACUUUACUGCAUAUAGAAAUCUUUCAGGAUGGUCAACCAAAGGCAAGCUUGCAUGCCCUUGUUGCCAUAAAGAUACACAAUCAACUUCCUUGCGUAGUAAGUUGUGUUAUAUGGGUCAUCGUCGCUUCCUUCCCAUGGACCAUCCAUGGCGGAGAAGUAGGACGUUAUUUGAUGGGAAAGUUGAAAUGGGAGUUGCACCUAACCCUUUAACCGGUGAUGAAGCACUUGUGCAAUUACAAGCUUUGGGUAAUGUGAGUUUUGGUAAAGGACAAAAGAGAAAGCGUGAUAUUCAUAGCAAUGCUUACAAUUGGAAGAAGAAAAGUAUCUUUUUCCAAUUGCCUUAUUGGAAGAGCCUUAUGUUACGAUAUAACCUUGAUGUGAUGCACAUUGAAAGAAAUGUGUCCGAUAAUAUUUUAUCAACUGUCAUGAAUAUGGUUGGUAAGACAACAGACACAUUGAAAAGUAGAUAUGACUUGAUGGAUCUUGGAAUCAGACAAAGGUUGCAUCCUAUUGAGGAUGGGAAUAAUAUUUUGUUACCGGCAGCAUGCUACGCAUUAUCCGCGGAAGAGAAGCUGAAGGUGUGCAAUUUCUUAGCUAAUCUGAAGGUUCUUGAUGCAUUUUCCUCAAACAUUUCAAGGUGUGUAAACGUACAAGAGAAAAAGAUACAUGGAUUGAAAUGUCACGAUCAUCAUGUAUUGUUGCAAGACAUUUUUCCAGUAGCUAUACGUGGUUUGCUACCCAAGGAAGUGUGUGAUCCAAUUAUAGCCUUAGGAAAGUUUUUCAAGAAUAUAUACUCUAAAUGCUUGACAAUUGAAGAUCUUGAUAUCCUAGAGGCAGAAAUUCCUGUUAUUUUGACCAAACUUCAACUUAUUUUCCCUCCGGCUUUCUUUGAUGUCAUGGUUCAUUUGCCAAUUCACUUGCCAAGUGAGGCAAAGCUUGGUGGACCAGCUCAAUAUCGGAAUAUGUAUCCUAUUGAGAGGUAAUUUAUUAUUUAAUAAUUUUGAUGCUAUAGUUUUAGAAUGACACACAUUAUAUUAAUAAGUCAUUUUAUAUAGGUAUCUACGAACACUUAAGUCAUAUGUUUUAGGCCUUUGUAAUUAGCACUAUGCAAGGGCUUUUUAGAGCAUGGAAAGCUCGACUCAGCAUUUUGUACUCUAAGUACAAUACUAAUGAAGAAAGAUUAUCUCAUCGACCUGAAGAUGUUGAGCUUGAGGACUGGAAAUACCUAAUACAAUAUUUUGGAAGUCCGAAAUUUAAGGUUGUAAGUGAGAGGAACAAAAGAAAUAGAGAAAAGCAAAUAAUUAAGCAUACUUGUGGUACAAAGUCUUUUGCAGAAGUAGAGGAAUCUACGAGAAAUCCUAUUACUGGAGAAUUGGACACACCAAAUAAAGUUUGGGAGAUCCAACAUACACGCAAUGAUGAUAGAGGCGAACUAGUGUGGUUGGAUUCACAAUCCCAACAAAUUCAUGGUCAACUCCAGGAAGUUGUCGCUCAGCAACAAUCUGAGGAUAUCGAGCAUCCCAUGACUAGAGAUGAGAUUUUAUCCUCCGUUGUUGGUGAGAGAACAUGCUAUGUUCGUGGAAAAGGAUACGGAAAGAAGCCUCCUAAAAAGAGUAACAUUCAGCAGGCAAACAUAGAGGCCAUCGUGUCUUCUGCUAUUGAUAUUGUGCGUCAAGAGAUGCAAGCCGAGAUGGAUAGGAAGUUGCAAGAAGAACGUGAACAAAUGGCUGUUGAGUUGCGAAGAAAUAUGAAAAUUGAGUUGGAAAGGAAGUUGGCAGAGGAGCGUCAACACGUAAAUGAGGAGCGUCAACACGCAAAUGCAGAAACAGACAAGAGGAUCUCUCUAGAAGUGGAGAAGAAGAUGCAUGAACAAUUUGCUAGUUUCUUGAGCAGAAUGCAACAACAACAG